AGGGUAAACUGAACACCUACUGGUUGGUGGGCAAAGAUGGCUUUGACAAGGAGCUGCCUGAACCACCGCCAUUGAUAGGGGAUGACUCUCACGGGUUAGACUCUAUAAUGCGCUCUGUCAACAACGACCAAUUGGCAGCUCUAAACCCCGCCCUCGGAGAUGCUACUGCCAAAGCAAACUCCGCUCCAGACCUCGCUUCAGCCGAUAUCGUGGACGCACCGGUCCCAGAAGGGGGUGGCACCAACGGGCCCGGGACCCUCCCCUCCUCUACCAGCCACCCCGCCCACCUGGAUGAGCUCCACAAGGGCUCUUGUUCUCAGUCCGGUGUGAAAAACACAAGCAUAGUCACCGCGGACAUAAACAUUGUAGGCGGUGCCAAAUUCGAUGACGUCGGCUCGAGCAACGUCAGCAAAGAUGCCUCGGCGACCAAUGACAGCAGCGCGGGGGCGGGGCCAGACAACAGCUGUCAAUCACGCCACAGCGAGAGCAACGAUAGCGGCUUCGGCUCGGAGAGAAAACACUCGCAAGGGAAUGACGGGGGGUUCCACGCCUCCGCCAGUGCAGGUAACCAUAGUAACAGCGGAGGGGGCGGGGCCGCCGUUGCCGGCGGGGACAAUAAAGGCAAACGUCACAGCCAGCCCAGCAGCGGUAACACCCGCACGACCUCUGUGGUGUCUUCCUCUGACGUCACGCUGCAGAAUCACGUGAUGUCCACCGUGGAUCUUGGCGAUGACGUCUUGGCCCCAGUCACGGAAGUCUGAGGAUAUGAUAUGAUAUUUAUAUAUUUCAUGUAUAUACGUUAUAUUAUAUUAUAAACAUACAUGUUUACUGUGACAGCACUGGCAGUCUCGCGUCCAGCGAGCUCGUUCUGAAUGUGAAACCGAUACGAUUUUCAAAUAGAAGUUAAACUAUUUUGCUCGUGUGGUGUGACGUCAUACGACAUCAAACUCACAUAGAAGUAUGUCAUACGGGCGGCACGACAGCUGUGUGGAAAGAUUUGAACUUUGACUUGAACCAAAAUAAAACCCGCAGAAUAAUAAUUAUAACAACAACCACAAGAGAGGCGGUGGCCCUGGCAAAGAGCACGCUCUUCGGGGCUCCAAAUAUUUCCAGCGGAUAGGCUACGACACACCCAACAACAACAACAACAACAACAACAACAACCAACAACAACAACAACAGCAGCAGCAGCAGCAAGAACAGGGGUUGGAUUCGGUUUCGGGAAAGGUAGAUCUAUUAUAAUUGUGUUUUCUAGUAUGUUCCUUUUCUGCGGCGAUACACGUGUAUUAUGGUAUUUCACACAACCCGGGUUGAUCCUGACAAUCGGAUUCAAGGAGGCACGCCUUUAAGUUGUCUCAAAAUGUGUUUGAGGUAAGGGGGAGGAGGGAAGGUGACAAGGUGUCAUUAACAUCACACACCAUUUUAAUACUAGAUCUACGUCAUGUCAUAACAGAAGUAUAGAAAACAUUAACACUUACCUUGAUAAUAUCAUGACAGUGUCACUGAUUCCGCAUAUUAAUUGUGUCAAUGACUUUGUGUAUCAGAUGAUAUCUUGAUACGACUUUCAACUCAAUCAAAUCAAUCGAAGUGUGCACACACUGUUUGUUUGACCUGUGUUGUGGCUUCGCUCGUCAUCGUUGCUCGCAAAACAAUUUCAGGUGAACAUCUUUACUUGUCUGCAGGAUGUUACACCUCUCUCAGACUGAGUUGGGUUGAUUCUAAAAAACAAACAAACAGGGGUGAAGCAGCCUGCCCCCUCAGUGAUCUAAAUUGUGGGCGGAAAUGAUUGAUAAUCAUUAUGCUUAUCAGAUCAUAUUAUUGUUGCAGUUAACGGACGAAGUAGAAUAUGGUGCUGUUCUAACGAAAGGACGCUGGCUUUCUGAGAGAGAAAGAGGAGGGAGAAAGAGAGAGAGAGAGAGAGA